AGCCGCGACGAGCGAGAGGGACGGCGGCGGCGGCGGCAGCAGCCGGGAGGGUCUGAACCACCGGAGCCUGAGCGCGCGGCAACGGCCGCCCGGAGCGCGCAGCGCGGUCAGCCUGCGCUCGCAACACACCAGCGCGCGCACGCUAAAGGGUGCGUGGUGCCGAGCGCGCGCCGAGCGGCCGGGGGCGCGCAGGCCCUGCCCGCCCCUUCCGUCCGCACGCCCGCCGCCCCGCCGGCCCUUCCUCUCCCACCUUCCACUCGCGGCCCGCGCCCCGCACCCGGCGGACCCCGCGUCCUCCUCCCGCGGCAGCGCUGUCCGCGGCGGCCGGAGCGGGCCGGGCCGGGCCAGCGGGCCGGGGGAUGGCGCUGCUGGACCUGGCCCAGGAGGGAAUGGCCUUGUUCGGCUUCGUGCUCUUCGUGGUGCUGUGGCUGAUGCAUUUCAUGUCCAUCAUCUACACCCGGUUACACCUCAACAAGAAGGCAACAGACAAACAGCCGUAUAGCAAGCUCCCUGGGGUCUCUCUUCUGAAACCACUGAAGGGGGUGGAUCCUAACCUAAUCAACAACUUGGAGACAUUCUUUGAACUGGAUUAUCCCAAAUAUGAAAUACUCCUUUGUGUACAAGAUCAUGAUGAUCCAGCCAUUGAUGUAUGUAAGAAACUGCUUGGAAAAUACCCAAAUGUUGAUGCUAGAUUAUUUAUAGGUGGCAAAAAGGUUGGGAUUAAUCCUAAAAUUAAUAAUUUGAUGCCAGCAUAUGAAGUUGCAAAGUAUGAUCUCAUAUGGAUUUGUGAUAGUGGAAUAAGAGUCAUUCCAGACACCUUAACUGACAUGGUCAAUCAGAUGACAGAGAAAGUGGGGUUGGUCCACGGGCUGCCAUAUGUAGCGGACAGACAAGGCUUUGCCGCAACCUUAGAGCAGGUAUAUUUUGGAACUUCACACCCAAGAUCCUAUAUCUCUGCCAAUGUAACUGGCUUCAAGUGUGUGACGGGAAUGUCCUGCCUCAUGAGGAAGGAUGUGCUAGACCAGGCAGGAGGGCUCAUAGCCUUUGCUCAGUACAUUGCUGAAGAUUACUUUAUGGCCAAAGCAAUAGCCGACCGAGGAUGGAGGUUUUCAAUGUCUACUCAAGUUGCCAUGCAAAACUCUGGUUCGUACUCAAUUUCUCAGUUUCAAUCCAGAAUGAUCAGGUGGACCAAAUUGAGAAUUAACAUGCUUCCUGCUACAAUAAUUUGUGAGCCAAUUUCAGAAUGCUUCGUUGCCAGUUUAAUUAUUGGGUGGGCAGCCCACCAUGUGUUCAGAUGGGAUAUCAUGGUUUUCUUCAUGUGUCACUGCCUGGCAUGGUUUAUAUUUGACUACAUUCAACUCAGGGGUGUCCAGGGUGGCACACUGUGUUUUUCAAAACUUGAUUAUGCUGUGGCUUGGUUCAUCCGUGAAUCCAUGACAAUCUACAUUUUCUUGUCGGCAUUAUGGGACCCUACGAUAAGCUGGAGAACUGGUCGCUACAGGCUGCGCUGUGGAGGGACGGCAGAGGAGAUCCUGGAUGUGUAAGGAGACCUUUGUGACUGACUGACACAGGACAGAAUGGAAGUGUUAUCAAUUAUGUUUAUAGAGACGCUUUCAAGGACCUACCUUCAGUGGUUUCUCACAUGUAUGUUUUGGUAUCUGCUCUUUAAUUUAUUUGCAUGGCACUUGCAUCUGUGAAAAGCAAAAAAACAAAAACAAAACACGUCUGUAGUCUUGGCCAAAUAGUAUAUUUUGUGGAAGUAGAGAAUCAAGACAAUUGGUUCUAGGAAGUGGGGUUUGUUUUUUUGUUGUUGUUGUUUAUUUUUUUAAGCAAAUAAAUAUAUAUAUAUAUCUAUACACACACACAUAUACAUGACUGCUCUGCAGCAGACACUAUGACAGUAUCCUUCAGUAGGGGAAGUUUCUCACCUGAGCUGCUCUGAGAUCUGUAUGGGCAGAGCAGCAGCUCCGUGAGAGGAGAAGGGGACAGGUCACGGCCUCCUGUGAAGUGAGUGAUGUACAGGGAGGCGCUGAUGGAGAAACUUUUUCAUGCUUUAUGCCUACCUCUUGUAGUUGUUGCAGAGCAAAUAGACGUUAGAAGUCAUAAUACGGUAGCUAGGCCUUGCAAAAACAAAUGGAAAACUUUAAAAAUUAUUAAUAAUAAAAGAGCUGGAGUCUAGUAUUUAUAUAAAUCUGUGAGGAUUUUUUUUUUGUUUUUUUUUUUUUGUUUGUUUUUUGUUUUUUUGGUCUCAUUGCAAUGAACCAAAAGUGGUUGAGAUUGGUUUUUAAUGGUAACCAUGAAUUGAAGGCAUCUUUUGGACCAACUAUUGUUGGUUCUGUCUUGAACCAUAUUAAUCACUGUGCUGUAAUUAGGAGAGUGGAAUCUUUCCUUCCCUGCUCUUUGCCCAGCCUGCCCCAUCUUUCCUUAGCUUUUUGCCUCGGGGGUGGGUGGGGGGGCCUGGGGGGGGGUUCUUGUACAAGUGUAAGUGGAUGUUUUAUAGUUGUAAGGAAAAUGCAUUUCAGACACCGUUCACACAGGAGCUAUUUUCUUACCCAGUAUGUCUGUAUUGUUAAUAAGAAUGUAAUUUCAUGAUACACGUAUUUAAUAUCUUUUUUAAGUGAGUAAAAUAUUCUAGCUAUUGGCAAAUAUAUUGCAGUAGAGAAUUAGAGGACAUGAUGAGGUUGACUCUUGAAAUCAAUCAGUAUCAGACUAAGUCUACUGUGUGUGUAUGUGUUGGGUUUUUUGUUUGUUUUGUUUUCCUUUUUUUUUUUUUUUUUUUAACAGUCUAGUCUUAUUUAAAUUGGGUUUUUGUAUUCCGUUUGUAUGACAGUAGACUAGGCCAGCCUAGUUGUGAAUGCAUGCUGUGCUUCCCUCUCUCCGUCAUGCAGCUAAGCUUGCCUGUCAGCCUGUGCUUACCUUGUGGUGAACUGGACUUUUGUUUAAAAUAAGCAAAAAUGUAAGGGACAGUGCAUCAUCAGCCUUUUCCCCCUUGUCUUUUUAAGUAGCAUUUGGCUCAUCCUUCUGAAUUUGAUGGCAUGUUAUCCAUCUGAUGCUUGCUGUUAACCCCAGCACUAUGGCAGCUUCACAUCCUGUGUUACUAUGGCUUCCAUCUCAGCACACAGUGUGUAGCCUAUUAGCAAUAACUUCCUAUUUAUAGAGAACAUUUUUAUCUUACUGAGCCAGUCCAUUUGCCUAAUGACUAUACAGACAGUCUAAAUUGCAAUAUAUCUGUAAAUGUGUAUAUACUAUAAAUACACAAUGUACUUACAUUUUUCUGGGCCAAACGGCGUUUCCUUCCCUGUCUUUCUCCUCCCCCCCCACCCCCCCGCACCCCCCUUGCCUUAUGAUGAAUUUGUUUGAAGGGCAUUUUCUUCAUUAGCAAAGGCUUGGAUGCAUAUUCCUGUUUUUUUUUUUUUUCUCUGUGAAAUGGGUGAUAUUAUUCCCUGAGGAAAGCUGCGCAGUGAAAACCAGUCUAGUUAUGACCCACUACGUGUUUGUUUUUUACAUUACUCUCUCACUAGUUGAAUUUCGCUGAGCGCAUUAGUCGUUUGUCGGUUUGUUUAGUGGAGUUUGGUGGAUGCCCUUCUUUGCACUGCUGAAGUGAAAUCUUGCUGACUAUUUAGCUUUUUUGUUGAUCUCAGUAUGGGCAAAGAAACAAAAUCCAAAUGGCUGGACAGACUUCUGUAAAUAUUUUUUUAAAAAAAAAAACAAAACAAAUGUUCUGUAUGUGUGUGUUUUGUGUGGUCAUGAAGUAUUUCCUUAAAGCGAAGUGUCUAGUGCGCAGAGAGUAACUCUUUGUUUAGCAAGUUUGGAGUGAAGAUAAAAUACUAAGAAAUACUGUAAAUGUCAAAGCACCACACCAGAACUGUAGGAGUCCAAAUUUAUAAUAAACUGUCUUUUUAAAAAGAAAACAAUUAAGUGUCUAGAAUAUAUCAUGUUUUAUUAUUUAAAAUCAUUGUCUUAAGUUUUUUGUUGAGAAUAAACAUUUGAAUACAAUCAA